CAAGCGUGGAAGGGACGAGGGAGCGCACCGUCACAAAGUUGGCUAGGUGGCAGACUUGCGCUGCGCUGCCACGUCUGGGGUAUGUUGCGAGCCAAAAAUGCGGAUAGGGAUAGGUGCCUUGCUGCCAAAGAAAGGAUGCUGAGAGAGACAGAGGGACAGGGGAAGGGAAUCAACUUCUCUUCUGUGGCGUGACAAGAGCUUGUCAGUGCCUGUAUCUUCCGAGACGAAACUGUGCUGACGGGUCUAUCACUUCUUGCUUAUUCCAGGUUCGCGCGUUGCACUGCAUCACGCCGGUUGUAUAUAUAUCUCUAUCACAGGUGACUUGAAUCUCUCUGACUUUUCAACAUGGCACGCGGAUUCUGCGGUCUCCUCUUCGUUGUGGCGCUCGCCAGCGCAGCUUGCCAGGUCGCUACAGCAGACACCACGGAUUACCCGAACUUCCUGGAGGCGCUGACUCGGCAAAGCGAUGUCAGCACGAUGAUGGAUCGCAUGGCUCAGACCUUCUUUAAUGCCGCGACGCAGAAUGAAGGCGUCAAGAUGAUGGAGCGUGCCCUUGGCUCUGUUAUGGACCCCAGUGCAGUGCAGAAUCUGUUCGUCGAGGCCAACAGAAACGCCAAGACUUUCUUGAACCCGUUCGAGGCUCUCUGGGGCACGAGCCAGUUCCAAAACCGCGCAGCGGAGAGUAACACCAACGAAAACGCUAUGUCCGAGACGUCUCCCCAGCGGGUCUUCCCCUUCCCAAUCCCCUUCCCCUUCCUGUUCCCCUUCACUGGAGCAUCCCCCGCUGCCAAGUACGGCCCUCGCUACGAGUUCCACGACCACAUCUAUGAGUGCGGUGGCAGACCAUGCGACGAGAGCUACUCCACGUCGCACUCGUACUCUCACUCUCACUCCGUGUCCCGGGAGGAAUAGAGCGCAUCGUUCUUUUUUUGUCAUGGAAUGCGGGGAGGGUCACGGGUGCUCUGCAUUUACCGGAAAAGAUCUGAGUGAACGAAGCAACUUGAGUGUCGCGUGACUGUUCCGCGCUUGCUGUGCAGCAGGUACGAAUGUUCUUGAGUGUUUGUGAAGACCGCACCUCAAGAAUUUGAAUUUCGGU